UAGGUUGAUCUCUCCCCCUUUCCCCCGCCCCCUGUGUAGACCAGGCCUCAGGCUGAGGAGCAAAAGGAGGCUAAAGGCAAUUUGACCCCUUGAAUUCAGCAUUUUCUGAUAGCCAAGGGACUGACCCUGCUCAGUGAUAAAGGCCAGCAGUUGUUUAACAUAAAGAAGCCAAAGCAAUUAAAGUCUUCACACUGAAGACCCCUCAUUUCCAUGUAGCAACUUUCUUUACGAUUUGGUUGUGCAAGACACAGAUGAAGACACAGGCAACUUUUCCAGGAUAAUAUAGGAAUCCCACAAGAACAUGACCAACUCAUGGUACAUAUGGAUCAGUCUUGUAAGGAUCACAAGAAGGGUAGGAUAGUUCCCAGAAGGCAUCCAAAGUACUUGGCGAAGAGCCUGGGAUUGGAUUCAGUUGGAUUUGGCUACCUCCAGACAACCUUUGGCGUUCUACAACUUCUGGGAGGUCCUAUUUUUGGAAGGUUUGCUGACCAGUGUGGCACCCGAGCUGCGUUAACUCUUUCAUAUCUCUCUGGAUCUGCCUUCUUUCUGCUACUGUCCGUCUCCACCAGCAUCCCACUUCUCUUCCUGUCCAGAAUUCCAUCCGUGUUUAUGCAUGGGCUACCAGGUGCUCAGAUGGUCAUUACAGAUCUGACUACUCCUGCUGAGCGUGCAGAUGCAUUAGGGAAGCUUGGACUUUGCUUUGGAGUAGGAGUAAUCAUUGGAUCAUCCCUGGGUGGGACACUCAGCACAAAAUUUGGCAUGUACUUUCCGUCGUAUCUUGCGGUAGUGGCAAGUCUCAUAAGUGCAAUGAUAGUAAUGACGUGUAUCCCCGCUCACACCAAACCAAAGUCAGAAGGACAAUCUACACAGCAGCGCACAUCACAGUCCAGUGUGUUUAGUCUCAAAGAAAUCCUACGCCUGCUGAAGCUUCCAGGAGUAAAGGAAGUGUUCUUAAUCAAGGUCCUUUCCGGACUCCCUACAGGUUUGUUCCUGAUUAUGUUUUCCAUCAUCUCUAUGAAUUUCUUUGGGCUGGAGGCAGCACAGACUGGAUAUCUGAUGUCAUAUUUCGGUGUCCUUCAAAUGGUUGUCCAGGGUCUGGUAAUUGGAAGACUAACUAGUCGCUUUACAGAGAGGACCCUGAUCAUGUUGAGUGUCUUAGCCUUCAGUGGAGUGGGCCUUGCUAUGGCGCUGAUGACCAACGUGUUCCAUUAUUGCAUCAUUGCCCUCCCCAUGGUAUUUGCACUCUGCACUAUGGGCAUCAUUACGGACAGCAUUCUCACCAAGUCCGUCCCUCCUUCUGACACUGGUGCCAUGCUUGGGAUAUGUGCAUGUGUUCCUCCCCUGACACGGACAGUGGGCCCAACACUAGGUGGAAUUUUGUACAAGGUGUUUGGAGUCUCAGCCUUUGGUUAUUUUCAACUGGUUGUCAAUAUAGCUCUGUUUUUGUAUAUUUUUAAGAAUAAAGUACCUCAGAAUGAGGAGAAAGCUCAGUAAUCCAGGCUACAUGUAAAUCUACUUUAUCCACAAAAUCUAAAAUGUGCAAUGUUUAUAUAUAGAUUAUAUAUCAAGACUUUUACCUCUAUCACCCCAGACUGAAAAUAAAAGUAGCUUUAAGCCA